UUCCAAAAGAGAUUAUCAACGGCUGUGUUUAGCGUAGUGAAAAUGUCUAAUUUUAAUUUUGAUCAACAGUUGACGGAUGCGCUGAAAUUAGAUUCUACUUUGAAUAGUUCCAUCUCCCGUUUAAGUUUAAAACCAACCUCGAGAGGAAACCUUUCAGGAAUUGGUUUGAACAGAUCCCGCUCUGCUUCCCGUGUAUCUCCGUCCCUACUCUCAUCCAAACCUAAACAGUUCAGUCGGAGCAAAUCUCCUGCUAGAUCUAAAACUCCAACCAGGAUUGGAGUUCCAGAGGUUUACAAGAGAAAUCAGACCGGAGCUGACAGAUUUAUUCCUAACCGCAGUACAACGGACAUGGAGUUUGCAUCUCACAGCCUCGCAACCUCCGAGGAGGAUACGGAUACUCUAUCCUCAACCCAACUAGAGAGAAGGAGGUACCUGGAGGAGAACCUAAACCUUAACAACCAACCUGGAGAUUCAAGGAUUCUUUCUUUCAAAUCAAAAGCUCCGGCUGCCAAGGACGGAUAUCAGAACAAUAUGAAAAUCUUGUAUUCAGCUGGAAAACCAGCAGCUCCUAAAGCCUCCAAUACCAGACAGGUCUCUAGUACAGCUGAGAGAAUCCUAGAUGCUCCUGAUAUGAUGAAUGACUUCUAUCUUCAUCUCAUUGAUUGGUCGAGUCUGAACCAUGUUGCUGUAGCGCUGAACGGGGGAAUGUAUAUCUGGAACGCUACGGAUGGAACGAUCCUUCAACUGUUCCAAGAUGAGGAGGAACAGUAUGUUAGUAGUGUUAAAUGGGUUAAGGAAGGAAACGUGCUGGGAGUGGGGGACAGCGAGGGGAACGUUCAGCUCUGGGAUGUUGCAAACACUAAGAUUAUCCGAACUAUGCGAGGGCAUUCUGGACGGAUUGCAACCAUGGACUGGAACCAGCAUAUUCUGGCUAGCGGAGGCAGGGAGGGAGAUAUUCAUCUUCAUGAUGUUAGGAUAGGAGAUCAUCAUGUUGCUACUCUUAGAGGACAUUCUCAGGAGGUCUGUGGAUUAACCUGGUCUCCUCAUGGUAACUAUCUGGCUAGCGGCGGUAACGAUAAUACGGUUCAACUGUGGGACCCGGCGGUUCUCCGCCCUAUCAAGAGUAUAACGGAGCACUUGUCGGCGGUGAAAGCUGUCUCCUGGUGUCCAUGGCAGGCGGGUGUGUUGGCUACCGCCGGCGGUACAAUCGAUAGAACUAUCAGGUUGUGGAAUACUGCAAACAUGACCCAAAUAAACAGUUUAGAUACAGGUAGCCAAGUAUCCAGUAUAGUCUGGAACACGGAGUACAAGGAACUAGUGUCCGGACACGGAUUCAGUCAGAACCAACUCACAGUUUGGAAAUAUCCUAGUCUAGCCAAGGUUACUGACCUGAAUGGACACACUAGCCGAGUUCUACUUCUAGUUUCAUCACCAGAUGGAAGCAGUGUCGCUAGUGUAGCAGCUGAUGAAACCAUCAGGUUCUGGAAUAUCUGGCCUCGCCAGGUUAAAGAGAAGAAACCUCUUGGAAAAUCUGGACGCAGCCAUCCUGUUUCUCUGCUGGCACAGAGCAUUCGAUAAUACUCAUUCAGUUCUCUUAAAUUUGAAAAUAAUAUUUUAUCUUUUCCUCUUCUCUCCAUUCUCUUUCAUUCUCCUACCCCCUCCCCUCUUGGCUGUUCCUUCUCUCCCCGCCUCUCGUGUCUAUUCCUUCUGUUGUGUUAUUUUUAAAACCUUUCCAGUUUUCUCGUCCCUAAUAUCUUUCUCUGUCUGUCUCUAAUUGCAUUCCCAAAAUGCGCUAGAAAAAAUAUUUUAUUUAAAUUUUUGUGAUCUCAUUAAUUUACGCUUAUAAACUCGACUGAAAAUAAAUAUUUUUACAGUACCAGUA